UUCAAAAAACCUUUUAAAGAGCAACCUUUAUUUAUUUAUGCAUAAUUUAUGUUCCUCGGGAAGUUAUAUAAAGAAGAUGUAUAGCAAAAUAUUAUUCGUUCACAUUUGCUUCUUGGCUGUUUUUUACUCCUCAUUCGGAUCUGAACCUUGGGAUGAUGAUGAUAAUUCUUCCGCUGAUACUAAGCCUCCUACCGAUAUCGACCGUUACAAAAAAUUGGUCGAGGUCAAACAAUGGCCUAUAGAUGUAGUCGCUGUCAUCGAAUCAACUUCUGAGAAGAUUCGAGAUUAUGAAUGCUCACUUUCUAUCUCUUACGGUUCUUACUAUCAACUCCAAAAAAAUAACCCAAUAGGACCUAAAGGAGCAGGCUUUGGAGUCGUGACUUAUGACACUUGGGCUAAAGUUCACUUGAAAUUGAAUUCAGCAACUUCUUUUCUCGAAGUGUCUAGAUAUCCCGAACCCAUUAUUUCACAUAAAAAGUGCCUUGAUUUAGAAAAAGCAUUGAAACUUGCCAAAAAGGAGCUUACAAAGAAUGGGAGAGAUAAAUCCAUAAAACAAAUAUGGGUUUAUAUAUCAGAAAAAUCAGCUGGAAAUCCGGAGGAAAUAGCGCAAACUAUCAAAAAAUGGGGGAUCGAAAUAUUUGUCUUUGCUAUCGGCUCGAAUAUCAACUCUAAGCAAAUAGACGCGAUAGCCACGGAUCAUGAUCACAUAUUUUGGUAUCCUGACUAUUGUACCUCCUCACAAUCUCUCAUUGAACUAGUCAACAAUAAAUUUUUAUCGCCAUUUUAAUUUAAAAAAAAAAGGGUGUAAUUGAUGCUUCAAUAUUAUAUUAUAUAGUAUAUAUAUAAAUAUAUUUAUUUAAUAUCUUUUUUAAUAUAAUUUAUUUUAUGCUAUAUAUUCUGUCAGUUG